AUUGUGUUCAAGAAACAGACGUGGUGUUUGUGGGUUUGUUCCGUUUGUCUUUUACUUUCCUGGGACUCUGCAGCAGGACGCUGUGAAAUGAAAAGUAGACACUGAAAGUCCAGAAAUAACUCUCUUCUAGACAUCACGCCCGCUCCCCUCGCUCAAUACAUCUAGGGAAUAAAAGUAAACACGGUGUGUCCGGGUGAGAAAUCAGGUUUCAUGCUGCUGCUGGUGCUGCUGCAGCGUCUGGCUGGCUCAGCCAUGUUUUUUCUCCGUCCACAUCUGGUUUCCACUCCUCCGGCUCUUCAUGCGGUUUCAGCUGUUUUUCUGUCAGACUUUAAAAACCUCCACGUCCCCGUCACUGCGUCGGCAGUUCUGCCCGGAGGUCUACAGUUACACAGUGCCGUAACCAGCUCAUGUGAAAUUACACGCCUGACCACAACGCCGUGAAAAAGUGCAGCGCAGCCUCGCAGACACAAAUAGACGAGUUUAGAGUGAGUCUGGCCUCAAGCCCAGCCGAGCUCCAGAGGAGAAUCUAAAAGUCGUUAUAGUCUCAGUGCAGCUCAGUGAGGCUCUCUCUCUCACACACGCUUUUCUCUCUGUGAGGGACGACAGACGCAGACACAAACAUUAUCAGACACAGACGGACUCAGAUAACACACACACACACACAUAUACACACACAAGGCAUUGAGGAUGAAAUCCUGCAGGACUUCAGCAGACCGUUCAAUGUAGUGUUUCUCUCGGCUAUGCAGCAGUGCAGGAGGGACGGUGAAGAUGGACACCCCGAAAUCCUCCAGAGCUAACAACACUCCUCUGACCACGCCCACCCGGAUGCAUGUGAUCCAGGUGGACUCAGUGCAGCGCUGGAUGGAGGAUCUGCGUCACAUGACUGAGGUGGAGUGUAUGUGUGUACUGCAGUCCAAGCCGCUGGGCGUGGAUGAGGACUCUGCAGGUGAGCUCAUCAUCCCUGGGGUGGGUGUGGCCAGCGAUCAUGUGACACGAGACAACCUGCAGACACUCCUGAAGAGGGCACUGGUUGUCAGCACUGAGCUGGGCAAGAUGUUCCAGCGUCUAGAAAAAGGACGAUGGCAGCGUGUACAUGGAACCGCUGUCAGAGCCAACUGCCAUGUCCGCUCGCUGGUGCAUGAGUGCAGUGCUCACAGAACCAACAACACACACAUGCAGAAGUAUGAAGCCACUCUGCUGGAGAAGUGUAUGGAGCUCACUGUCAUCACUGAGAGGUGUCUCCACACAGAUGAUGAAUAUUUCCUCAAGUCCAUGAAGGAGGCCAUCCAUGAGAUCCUUACAGAUGUCAGUGAUUCAUUCAGCCAAAUGAUUGACAUGGCCUUAGCCAAUGAAAUACAAGUCCUGAUCAGGCAGGUUGAGGAGUCAGAUGAUGUGUUCCUCAUGGAAAACGCAAUCAGUAACCUGCUGUCACUCACUCAGGAUGGACCGCAGCUCUGCAGCAUCAUCGCCAAAGAAGGUGCAGUCAUUGCUCUGUUGAAGAUCUGUAGGCAGGAUUGUUUCAGCUCUCUUUACGCUCCUGCACUCAGGACCGUCGCCUCCAUCUGCUGCGUGGAGGAGGGAAUCAACCAACUGGAGAAAGUGGAUGGUGUACUGUGUCUGGCUGAUAUUCUGACUGAUGAAGCUUGUACAGAAGCAGCUCGAGCUGAAGCAGCUGCUGUUGUGGCUCAGAUCACGUCUCCUCAUCACUCCAACACACACCACCUGUCCAGCUUCAUUGAGAGCAUGCAGGACAUCGUCUCCGCCCUCAUCAAGCUUUGUGAGACUGCAUCGUGUGGUGAAGUGUUCCUCUUAGCCUCGGCUGCACUGGCGAAUAUCACUUUCUUUGACAGUUUGGCAUGUGAGAUCCUGCUGCAGCUGAACGCAGUGCACAUCCUCCUCCAGGCCUGCAGAGACCGCCAGCGAGUCGACACACCUUACUCUAAAGACCAGGUUGUAACAAUUCUGGCCAAUUUGUCUGUUUUGGAGCAAACAGCAUCAGAGGUCUUACAGGAAAACGGACUGGAGCGUCUGCUUGUGCUGCUAGGAGAGAAACCGUCUUCCUCCAGUCCAUCAGAAGGUGCUGCAUGUGAGCGCGUGCAGCAGAAAGCUGCAGUAACACUUGCCCGGUUAAGCCGAGAUCCCGACGUUGCUCAGGCUGCAAUCGAGCUGCAAGCUGUGCCACGUCUCAUUGAGCUGUGUCGAUCUCCAGCUGAGAGGAACAGCAGUGACUCCGUUUUAGUGGCCUGUCUGGCUGCUCUAAGGCGAUUGGCUGCUGGAUGUUCUGACAGUAUCGACCCAGCGGAUCAUCAGCAGCUCAUUAAGCCGCGACUCGUCGACUCAUUCCUGCUCUGUUCCAACAUGGAGGAGAGUUUUGUCUGAAGCUGCUUCCCGCUUGCACACACACACACACACACACACAAUGCUGAACUAGGUUAAGCUGUUAAGUAUUGUUGCAAGUUUUAGCUUAGGGGCUACAGUGCUAAUGCUAACUUCACUGUGUUUAUUUCUCUGACCAGAAAAUUAAAUAUUAUUCAGCUUCGAUUUGGAACACCAUCUACAGAAAACCUAACAGAACCUAAACCUGACAGACCAACAGUAGAACUAAAAUUAAACCUAAACGACACAAACAAGAAUCCAAACCAGAACAGAGCUAGAAUCAAAAGGAGAAGAAUCAGACAGAACAAGAAUCAGAAUUCGUAAUAGAACUAAACUAAAAAUAGAAGACCAGGCCAAGAACCCAAUACAAGUACUAUAAAGGAAACAAGAACUGGGCAAGGUGAUUGAGUGAAGCUCUGUGCUAGAAAUGUGUUCCUGUGCUAGAACUCCAUGUUUUGGUAUUAGAAAUUUGUGUUAAUGAGUGUAAACACCACUAAAGGGAUUAGAACCCUGUGUUCCAGCGAUAGAACCCAAUGUUCCUCUUGCUAGAACCCUGUGUUCCUGAGUGUAAUCACCACUAAAUGGGAAUUACAAUCACAGCAGUUCAAGAGCACUGUUGAGUUAUAAUGAAUUAUUUAAUUAAUAAAAUACUGCUUUUUUUUAUUUUUUAAAGUUUUUACACACAAUUUGUAACAUUUCUAACAUUCAUAAAUGUUCACAACGUUGACUUAAAUUAACUUUAAGGGAUUUAAGAGCAAUAAAAGUGUUUUGGAGAAAUGUGCAUGAAAUAAAAAAAAACUUUUUUGUCGUAUUUUCACAAAAUCUUAUUUAAAGAAAUUGAUUCAUGCUGCAUCGGGUUGAGAAUCAGACUGGAGGAGGGGGCGGGGCCAAACACAGGUACGUGAACAGAGGGCGGAGCCGGGACAGGUGAUGAGUGAAGACUUGCACCUGUGUGGGAUUUUUUGUGUUGGGUUUGUUGCAGUGAGUGGCGGUGAGGGCAAAAAAGGGAGAAACGAGUGUGUGUGUGUGUGUGUUUACUUUUGUUUCUAUUUUUAGCUAAAGAAGCCCAGCAGUGUGUGAUCAUCAUGACCACCUCCUUAGGGAGCGAAUACAACAUAAAUAUUCUACUAUAGAUCUGUUCAAUAAAUUAUGGAUUAAUAAUAUUUUAAUAUUUGUAUUUUUAGUCAGCACUUUAUCCUGUUCAGGCCCGUGGAUCUUGUGGACCUGAAGCAGGAAUAAACACAGACUAGGAUAAAGAGCAGUGCGUCUUUAACACUUAAACUUCUGAUUAUACAAUAAUUACAUCUUUAUUCAUAAUUAUUUUCAUCAGGCCUCUCUGAUCAUUUCUGAGUCCAGAAUUUAAGAAAAUCAUCCUGUCACGUGAGGCGAGUGGAAACACGGAGCGGGUGGAGCAGUCGGACCUUACACAGGCAGGGACGAGAACACUGAAAUCACGGAACAGGAAGUGUGAGAGUCAAAGACGUGAGAACAAACUUUAAACGAGUUGGUGCUAUGGCGAAACAGGAAACAGGGCUUGGUAUCACGAGUUCACGUAGAGACAACACUGAUAGUUCACAAUGAAGACUUGACACGUGAGGGUUUAAAUACAUGGACAAACCAAACAGGAAAACAGAACAGGUGAGAUGAAUUAGUAAGAAGAAAGGGGCGGAGACAAAACAUGAAUCAGAACAAAGACACAAAACAUGAACCGAUCGGAACACGAACAUUACAACAUGCAGCACAAACUCACACACAUACACACACACACACACAUUCAUCUCAUACACACACACACACACAUUCAUCUCAUACACACACACACACAUUCAUCUCAUACACACACACACACACUUCAUCUCAUACACACACACACACACUUCAUCUCAUACACACACACACACACUUCAUCUCAUACACACACACACACACACACACACUUCAUCUCAUACACACACACACACUUCAUCUCAUACACACACACACACACACACUUCAUCUCAUACACACACACACACACACUUCAUCUCAUACACACACACACACACACACUUCAUCUCAUACACACACACACACACACACUUCAUCUCAUACACACACACACA